CGACGGUAAAUUUAGGGGUGAAGGAGAGGCGGAGCCUGUAUGUUGCGUUCGUGUUUCACGAAGCAAGCGGACACGAGACGACGAUCGACGCCCCGCCGUCAUCGGCCGAUGUGUGGAAAGUGCGCGAGUCGACGAAAACUCGAAUACGCGACGGCACCGGCAACGAUCGUACCGUACUGAACGUUGCCGUUGAACGGCGCGAAAGAACGCGCGUCAAGUUUCAAUUCGGGACACGGGUACCGCGCCCCGAUCAUCCUCCCGUCGUGGCUUAUCGCGAGUAGUCGAAAUCGAAAGCAUCGAGGUCCCGAAUAGAGUUGGGCAUUCGGAUUGGUGAUCCGCCGCGAGGAUCGCAGAAACGCGCGAGCGGUAAACAGAGGCAGGUGGGGGAGGGAGCGCGAUAACGGGGCGAGUGGUGGUCGCGUGAGGAUGCAUUCCAGAUGGACGAUGACGCCGCGACGUCUGUAACGGUCUCGCCGUCGCCAGGUAUAUAUUAUUAUAAUUAUUGCCCUAUCGUAUCGUCUCAUCGUUCGUCUACGCGAAUUUGUCACCGCGCGAAUCAUCGACGGCGCAUCGACGAGCGUCGCGCGGGUUAUGACGCGCCGCGCCGCUUAGGGACGCUUGUCAAGCGCGUACCGGGAGAGAGAUUCGCGAGUGCGUGUGUGCGUGCGUGCGUGCGUGCGCGACAACGGCGACGACGAUGAAGACCGAUCCGUCGGCCGAAUCCUGGUCGUCGGUCCCGGGCAAGGGAUCGUCGUCCUGCCUGGAGGCGUCGAUGCCGCGAAAGUUUCGCGACGAGGCUCGACGCGCGGGGGCCGCGGGCCUUAAUUGGGCCAUGUGUGCCCUCUGCCUGGCCAGCCUCACUAUGUCCGGCGUGCUCCUCUACCGCGAGCUCGGUCUCGAGUCCAGGAUCGCCAGUCUGGAAGCGCACUGCCUGCGCGUCGAGGAGUCAUCGUCGCCGGUCGACGUCUUGGUGCAGAGGCUCAAGUCGGAGGUGCAGGAGCAGCUGCAACAGACGCAACGAUCCGCCCCAACUCAUGAGAUCUUCAGGCCCAAGCGCCAAGUCUCCGAUCCGCAAUGCAACUGUCCUGCAGGUCCACCCGGUGAGCCAGGUCCACCCGGAAAGAGGGGCAAGAAAGGAAAGAAAGGCGAUCCUGGGGAACCUGGUGCACCGGGUGUGGCCGGGACGCCGGGCAAGAACGGUUUUCCGGGACCCAUCGGCUUGGACGGACCCAAAGGUGAUCCGGGCCGACCUGGUGACAAAGGACAGAAGGGUGAGCUGGGCAGCCCCGGAUUCGACGUCUUGUCCGCAGUGAAGGUAUCUAAGCUACGCUAUCUGACAGGAGUAAAGCAAUAUAUCCGCGCACUCUUAAUGCGCGAAAAUGCGUACCGCGCUCUCUCUCUCUCUCUCUUAUUUCUCAUCCUGUGGUACGUUGACGUGGCUGGUCUCGGUGGCGGUAAGGGCCGACCUGGUGACAAAGGACAGAAGGGUGAGCUGGGCAGCCCCGGAUUCGACGUCUUGUCCGCAGUGAAGGGCCGACCUGGUGACAAAGGACAGAAGGGUGAGCUGGGCAGCCCCGGAUUCGACGUCUUGUCCGCAGUGAAGGAACUUCAGGAGAAAGGGAUUAAUAUCUCAGCGCAGACCGUCAUACCAUUGAAAGGAGAGCCGGGUGAACCCGGGCCGCCGGGACCACCUGGUCCGUCAGGAGCCGAGGGUCUUCCCGGACACGAGGGCAGACAAGGGAUUCCGGGCGAGGUCGGCGCGCCAGGAGAGAAGGGCCCGCCCGGGCCAAUCGGGCCUGUCGGUCCACCGGGCACGCCAGGACUUGUGGGUCCUAAGGGUGACAAGGGUGAUAAAGGCGAUCGAGGCUUCACGACGACCUUGAAGGGCGAACAGUUCCCAAGUGGAGUAUUCGAAGGCCCACCUGGUCCACCAGGACCGCCUGUUUCAAAAGACGUGUGA